AACCAGCCAGCUACACUCUCCUUGCCGCUCGCUCUAUUUCACUCAGACCCUCGUGUGCUGCCAAGCCACACUGCCAAGACUGCCAUCCAGCCAGGUGCAGGAAUUUCUUCCCCAGCAGCACGGCGACAAGCGGCUGAAGCGAGCGAGAUGGCUCGGGGAAGAGGCAGUGCGAGCACGAGCCGCGCCAUCGUCGCCAUGGCGUUCGCCGUCGCCUGCUGCUGCUGCUCCAACCUCGCCGCCGACGCGGCCACCACCUACUACGUCGGGGACAGCAACGGCUGGUCCUUCGGCAGCCCCAGCUGGCCCAACGGCAAGCACUUCCACGCCGGCGACACUCUCGUGUUCAGGUACGUCCCCUGGAUCCACAACGUGGUGGCGGUGGACGAGGACGGGUACAACGGCUGCACGACGCCGCCGGGGUCGCGGACCUACACGUCCGGCGACGACCGCGUCACGCUCGCCAGGGGGGACAACUUCUUCAUCUGCACCCGCUUCGGCCACUGCAACCUCGGCAUGAAGCUCGUCGUCUACGCCGCGUGAGCAAGCCGCCCCGCCGGCCACGGUCGGUUUCAAGCUAGCGAGUGUUGUUUCGUUUGCCUUCCGUUGCGGGCGGCAGCUGGGUGGUUUCUCGGUUCUACAGGCUAGCUGAGCACUUGGUGCGAGACUGUCCGCUUGUUGAUUGACUGGAUGUGCUUUUGCUCAGUUGCUCUGGAGUGAACUGCUUUGAUUUCUACUGCUACUACUUCAUGUAACCAUUGUUAAAUGGCAUAUUUUGCCUGGACAUUUGCUUUUCA